AGGAUUCCAAAGGAUAAUACAUCGAAAUGCCCAUAAGCUCAUUCAGCCUUCCCUUCCCGUCAGUUUUCUUGCCGUUUUAUCCCGUGGCACUUGUUCUCAUACAGAAUUUCUGUGCUGGAAAGUUUUUGUUCAGCAGGAAAUUUCUAGGAAAGUAUCAAGAAAUCGAUCUAUCUCUUGCUACUGUGAGGACCGAGGGAUUCAUCGUUGCAGUCCUGGUCCUGGUCCUGUGGAUGCGAGUGAUGCUGACAUCCAAGAAGUACUACGUGGAAGCAAGUCCAGUGUAUCAGUGGAAUCCGAACAGCCUGGGGAUCGUCUUUGUCUGCCUGUUCACUCCGUUCCAUUGUUACCUCUUUCUUCUUGGCAUUCCAGAUGAAUCGCUGCUGAUGUCAUAUGUGGUUUGGGCGACUGGAUAUGGCUACAUGCUGUUACUUUUGGCGUACCUCUUUACCCAAAGAGAGAAAAUCUUGUCGAACAUAAACAACGCUUCUUAUCGCCACCAGGUGGAAGAAUACAACACAGCUUGGAACGCUAGGAGACAACAAGAGACUGUGGAGUACGACGAUUUCUUGAACACGCUGAAUGUUAUGCGAUGAUGUCAGGUAUGAAUGAAACAUGAAUAAAUGUGAUACAG